GUUUUCAUCGAAGAGAGUCCACCGCUGACUGGUCGCUGUGUUUUGAGAUUUUGGCUUUCAUGACAAAAUCGAAUUUAAGAAUGAUAAUUUAUCCGCAACACCCUUGAUUUUCUGUAAACUUAAACCACAGUGUUUUCAAGUUGUGAUCACGUAUCUCGCCGAACCAAGUUCAAGAGAACUUAACUACCUAUCAUGGACUAACUUCAACAGCAGUGGGACGAGGCUACUGCUUGGCCGCCAUGUCAGACCAAAACACUGCGGAACAAACAAAGAAAGAGGAACAGAAAAUUACUGACGCAAGUGGAACUGCUGAGACAUUGUUGGAUGCAGAAUGUCCUGUCCAAGAGUCAAAAGUCCCAUCCACCACUGAAAUCUCUGCUGACUCUGUAAGUCAACCAACUGAACCUAUUUCAGAGGAGCUUUCUGUCGAUGGCCAAAAAAACCCGUUGAAGUCAGAGACGAAAGACACGGGGAGUGAUUCCUCUGCAGGGACAAAAGCCCCCACACAUGAUGUUUCAAGAGUCACAAAGAGCGGGGAUAGUUGUAAAUCUUCGGUGGCAGAAGAUGAAGCAAGUGCUGGUUCAAGGGUUACAGCCGAUACAGUCAGCGGAACAUCUUUGGCCAAAGAGGAUACACCAACUAAAAUACCUGCAGUCACCACUGCCACCGAUAGCAUAAACCCCGCUAAAAUCGAAGCCACUUCAACCAUCACUGCCCCAAAAAUAGAAGCCACCACUACUAUUAGCCCUAAUGAGACUGAAAGCACCAUUAGUGAUGCCUCUGGAAGCGUUCCUGACUCAAGUGCCAGUACUUCUGUCACGGUUGAUAAGAGAAGUGCAUUGGAGAAGGUUUCUCUUGAUGAAGUCUCUGAAACGAGUGUAGAUAAUACCGCAGCAAGUUCUGAGUCUCAGGAUGCCAGACAAGGAAGCUCAAAUGAGCCCAAAGUCUUAGCUAAGUCUGCCGAUAAAUGUUAUACAUCAGAACAGAGCUCAAUUGCAAACUCUGAUGCUGUAUCUGCAGCAGCAAAAUCUGUUCCUACAAUCAAAGUCUCAGGUCUUGUAAGUCUCCCAUCUUCAAGCUCUGAAAGAAAUGUCUCUAAGAAACCAGUGAAUGAAUCAAUUCAAAAUGAGUCUGAUACAAAAUCUGAAGAAUAUUUGGCUGAAAAGGACCGGUCUAAAAGCGCCGCAGCUGGUGGAAAGAAUGAAGUCGAUUUAAAAAAAGAUAUUUCUGAUGGGAAAGGGACAAUCAUUUGUGGCAAAACAGCAGGAAACAAUUCAGAGAAGCCUCCAUCUCAGGCAGAAACUUGUCAUAUUUCAAGUAGCAGUAGCGUGAAGUCUGAAAAAACUUUAUUAGCAUCUGAUAAUGAAAAAGUUUCUGAUUCUAAUGAGUCAGAGACUAAUGUGAUGAAAGUCAAGAAUGAGAAAAGCUCAAAUGGCUCUAAAACAGCCGACUCAAGUGAAGAAAAGUCAUGUAACUUGCCUGCAAGUAAACCAAGUGAAGUUAGUAAAACAGUGACACAGAUUUCAAAGUCUGAUUCAGAGCAGCAAGAACCUGUAUUAACAAGUGUAAUAGAUUCUAAAGAGUCUCCAUGCAAAACAGGUAGUAAAUUUAGCAAAGACCCUUCCUUACAACAAGAAGAAAACGCUUCACCGUCAAUUAUCAAGUCGUCAAUUGUAAAAUCCACUCAGGGCUCGGCCAAAACUCUUGAAAUUAGUACCAGCGAGGCAAGUAACACUAAAUCAAUCCGUGUUGACCCAGUGGGUGAAUCACAAGAGUCAUCAAAAAUUGAAAGUGAUGUAAAGCUAAUAUCACAGUCAAAAAAUCUCAAGGAGGCUAAUCCAAAGGGAGAAGCAAAGAGUGAAAUUGAUCAAACAGAUGAAUGUAAAAUCAAGUCCGAUAUGAAAGUGGUUGCUCAGAAGUCUGACAGCAAGUCAACAUGUGAUAUAUCAAAGGAAGGAUCCGAGAGCACAUCCAACAUUCAAGCAGACUUAAAAAUGACAGCCUCAAAUUUGGAAAAUGUGAAAUCUGACGAGGUAAGCGUAGCUCAAAAAGUGUCUGAGAAAUCAGAUUUGUUAAGUGCAAUUGAAGCUGUCAAAGUGGAGGCUGAAAUUAUGAAAAGUAAACAGAAAGUAGAAAAAUCCUCAGAUAUACCUGGAAAAGAAGAGGUAAGCAAUAGUACAGCUAGAAAAUUGAGUACUGAAAGGCAAGCCUCCUCCAUAGAGGACAACACGAAUGUCGACAACAAGGCAACUGCUUUUGAUGCCCCGCCAGAUAAUAAACUUAAUGGCUCAUCAGUUCCCAGUAUGGAUGUUAAAGAGAAUGAAAAAGGGAAGCCUGAAAUUUCCGAAGUCUCAUCUACUAACAAAAAUCUUAGUACAAAAAAUAAUGAAUCAAAUCCUGAAGCAUCACCUUCAGUGAAGAAUUUAAAACCUCUUCAGGUUCCUACCACAGAAAGGAAAAGAGCUGAAGAAAAUUCUCAAGCUGAAAGCAAAAUUCAUCAAGCGGAAAGUAAAAUUGUUCAAGCUGACAAGUCAAUACAAGCACCAGAAACUCCUAAAACUGAUAAGCAGAACAGUAAGGAGUCUUCGAAUAUUUGCUCUUCAACCUUAAAUGAAGCCACCUCUAAAAAUUCACCGGAGUCUGCAAUGGAAAUGAACAAAAAAAGAGAAUUGUCAGAUACAUGUCCUGAAACACAGGCAUCCUCCAAUGAUGGUUCCAAAAAGCAACAAGUCUCCAGGUUGGAAAAUGAGCAAGAUAUCAAGGAGCCUGUUACUGUUGUGAAAGGAUCAGCCCCUGUUAGUGCAAUCAAGAGUCCUGAAUCUUCGUCAGAAAGUAAGCAAAACUUGGAGGAGCUGAAAGCUGACGUUAAAACUCCCUCAAAUACUGAAAAAUCCGUGAAAGUUGAAGUGUCAGUCUCUGCAAUAAAACAGGUUGAAAAGAAACAGGAAGUAGAUAGCAGAGUACCCUCAAAAGUUUUAGAACCAAAAAUUAUCCUCAAGCCCUUAUCAAAAUUAGAAGAACUCAAGGCAAAAUCUGGAGAAGCUAUUGAAGUUUUGGUUUCUUCUGAAAAAUCAAAAAAGCUAGAAUUAUCUUCUCCCAAAAUUAGUGAAAACAAAGAGAAAGCCAAACCAUCAAUUGAAGUCACCCCUGUGGUUGAAAAAGCAGUGAAAUCUGAUCCGAAAACCAAAGAAAAUUCUGAAGAUUUUGGAGCAGAUGAUCUCUCACCUGGCUCUAAAAUUACAGAGGUCUCCUCUACAGGAAUCCAAGCCUUAACUAACGACUUAAAUAAAACAAAGGCUGCCGAGAAUGAAAAAUUAAAAAGUGAAUCGGUUAUCCCUAAAAAAACAAAACAAACUGAAAAACCCUCUAUAGUUGAAAUCACAAUUGAUGAUGCUUCUGAAGAUGCUUCAAUUUCCCCUGCAGAAGUUAAAAAAGAUGCUGAAAAUCUUGUUGGAGUAGAAAGUAAGAAACUCUCUGUUGUUGAAAAAAUCAAGAGCUCCUCCUCUUCAAAAGGGGAUGAAAAUACAAAAAAGUCCAAUUUAACAGCUGAAGAAGAAAAAUCAUCCACCACACCUGAAAAGCUAGAAGUGUCAGAGGUGCAAACCGAAAAAAUCAAGGAGAUUUUAAAAGAAUCGCCAGUUGCAAAUCGUGAGUCCUUUUCCUCAGCUGAUAAACCCGAGAAUCUGGAGGAGCCUAUUAAAAAAGGAGAUGACUCAGAAGAUUCUCUUGAUGACAUCAGUAUUAUUCCGAACCCUAAAGAGCCUGUUACCUCCCAAGUCGUUGCUGACUCAAAACAAGAGAAAGCUAAACCCGCUGAAACUGGAAAUGCAAUCAAGACGGCCGGUGCUGAUGACAAACAGGAGGCAUCCAAAUCCUCGGAAGAAGAGCCAGGAGUAAAUUCUAUGCCUACAGCCAACAAGAGUCUCCCCGGACCUGUCAAACCGAAGACCACCAAAGUCAUGCCGAGUCUCAGGGAAAUCCGAAAGAUUCCUCAGAAACCAGAAACAGGAACCGGCGGCAUGUCCAUGUCAAUAGUGAAAAGACCGCGUUUGUCCGUAUCUGAUAGCGAUUCUGGAGGGCCAGCUUCUUCCUCCAGCAGCGCAGAGAAGGUGUCGAAGCCACGUUUUUCUAUCGAAAAUGACCCGCUUCUCAACAUUACAUCUGAAUGUCGCGUAGAACUUGAAAUAACCAAAAUUCCUGCAAAUUGCCAACUGAAAACUGAGCCGGGCGGUAAGCCAGUGUUUGUACUCAACAGAAACUCUGCGGGUCCAUCUACUCAAGAUGUUAACAAGAAGCCCAAGACUCUGUUGAGGAACUUCAUGGCCCCGAAUCAGCCUAAUCAGGCCCCUCUAAUGAAGCGCAUGGGCAGGCCACCGAAAGACCCUAACCGAAUGAUCCAAGUGAGUCCCAUGGAUGCGUCAAUGCUGAACAGACCCAGACCCACUGUUUCCAAGAGAGGCAGGAAACGUGCAAUGACCAUUGACAUGGCACGGCAGCCUGGGCCUCAUUCUCCAGCAAUGAAAAUGGUUAGAACAGAUCCACACCUCAAACAUCGGAUGAAUAUGGCGCAAAUGCAGAGGAUGUACCGUAAAUCAGGACCCUCCGGACCUUCGCCCAAAACAACGUCCGCCUUGGAAAUGCUCUUGAUGAAUAGAGGAGUCACACACAACCCACCAAUCAGUGAUGCCUCCGUUGCAAAUUUCUGUCAGGUUGAAGAACUGGUGACUGAGCCAGACAUGUAUUCAACGCCUAUCAAGCAGCUUAAAAGCCUGUCAAAAGGUCCAGCAAACUCCAUUCUGAAGCAAAUAGCCUAUGGGAGCCAGCAGUUUGGUGCAAUAACAAUAUCGCCAGUUAAUCCAUCUCCUAUGCGAAUGCCUCCAACUCCCACUCCUCAAGCCACUUCCUUCAGGCCAGGCCCCAGACCAGGUCCCAGACCAGCGCAUGUCUCCCGUUCCUCCAGUAUCGAUGACAUAAUAGACAGCGUUGCUGCAGGUGAGGGCGAAAUAAGCCCCAAGUGCCUGCUUGAGCUCAAUAGUGCUGGUGAACCGAAGAAGAAACGUGGGAGGCCACGAAAAAUCGUUCCCGGUCAACCCGCAUACUCUCAGUUCCAGUCAGAGUCUCUUCAAUGUGCACCAGACCUAUUUUUCAUGCAGCAAGGGCACCAGCCUUCUGUGCGACCCACUCCACCCAAAGUAUCUGCGCCUGAUGGAGUCUCGACGCCUUCACCCCUCAAGUCUGCACCUGCCCCAUCUACGCCUGUCACGCCUGAGUCAUUUGCUGAGUCCUUUGAUGAACCCUCAGAAAUUCUGUCUUCAGAAGUUGAGGAGGGUGGAGAGAAAAAGAAGUUGGCAAGUGGUAGAGCUGCUCGUAUGUGUACUAUCAAGGAACCAAAGAAAAAGAAAGAUGGUGCCACCCCAAAAACUGGGGAAAAAUCUCCCAAGAAGAAAAAGAAAGACGAAGAGCCAGCGGAGCCAGAUCCUGAGGAAGAAGCACGCAAGCUGCGAGAGGCCGAAGAAGAGGCAAAACGAAAGGCCGAAUUGAAGGAGAAGCGCCUUCAAGAGAGACAGAAGCGAACAGAACUGCGUACAAAACUCCUUGCUGAGAAAAAAGCUAAAUUGAAAAGACGAGCUGAAGAGAGGAAGAGGCAGUAUUAUGAGAAGAAACGCAAGCUGCAAGAGGAAAAAGCCGAGAUGGAGCGAAGACGUGCUCUUGCCCCACCCGAAAAUUUUUCAGAAGAAACCCAAAUGGGUGAUGAAAACGAUUCAGUGGGUGACCUCAUUCGAAAUAAAAAAGGACGCAUGGAAGUCAUCGAUCCAGAAAGCAGUAAAGAAUUUAAAGUACAUCAGGUAGCAGAAUACCAGUGGCCACUGCAGGGCGGCGAGUUCUUCAUGUUGCAAGAACAGAUUUCGCAGUAUCUGGGCAUCAAAUCUUUCAAAAGAAAAUACCCGGAUAUCAAAAGACGUACGGUUGAGGCAGAAGAACGAACAUUUCUGUGUGAUAGCGGACUUGUGUCUGAAACUAUGUGUGAUCUUGGUCUGACUGCUCUGAGAAGCGCAGAUGUUUUGGACAUCAUGUUUGCUGAUUUCCAUGACAAGUAUGAAGAAUUUAGACAGCAUUUGCGCGAUAUGCAAGCCAAGGAAUUCUCUUUAAAGCAGUUAGCUCUAGCUGGGAAACCAACGGGAGAGCAGUUAACCUCGAUAGAAAAAGCUGUACAAUCUGCAGCAAGGUGGAACAGCACUCUCAAUAAAAGCCGGCAGGAGUCAAGGAAAUGUUGUUUGGACCUCCAAACUUUUGUUAUUCAAUACCCAAAACCCCCAAAAGGGGCACAAGACAGUCCCAAGAUUGGCAGUUACCCGAUAUCUUUGAUUCCUGGACAGUUCACGGACUACUAUAAGCGGUACUCUGCAGCAGAGUUGCGGUAUCUCCCUCUGAACACAGUUUUAUAUGGCCCCAUCAAACCUUACAAUGUUGUUGUGCGUGAAUCUCGGAACACCUAUUUCUCUGAAUCGGAAGACUCAAGCUCUUCAGGUUCCAGUUGCAGCUCAUCAGAUGACUCUGAUUCUGAAGAGUCUGUGAAGGAAGCUGCAAUGGAAACAGAAGUUUCAGGCCAGGAAGGUGCCAUCUGCAAAAUCUGCAACGGAAACAGAAAUAAGAAUAAGAGGAAUGUCCCGGAGGUUCUCAUACAGUGUGCGCAGUGCACGGGUUGCUGUCAUCCAAGUUGUCUGGACCUAGCUCCAGAGAUGGUACCUCAUAUUCAGCGCUACGACUGGCAGUGCACAGACUGCAAAAGAUGUGCGCAGUGUAAAGAAGUCUCUGAUGAAGAUAAGAUGCUGUUCUGUGACCUUUGUGACCGAGGGUAUCACAUUUACUGUGUUGGAUUGCGGAAAGUACCGGUAGGACGUUGGCACUGUCAGGAAUGUGCUGUUUGUGCCUCCUGUGCAGUUCAUGAACCAGGCCCGGGUGAUGCAGCUCAGUGGCACCAUGAAUUUAAAAAAGGCGGAAAGGGUAGCAAAAAUAUUUAUGUCAGAAGUUUUUGUGAAAAUUGUGCCAAAGAUCAAACUCCAGCAGAAGGAAACAUUUUAAGGCGAGAAAGUUAGAAACUCCUCAAUUGUAAAUUCUAAUUCAGAAGUUCCAACAUCUUUACUUGAAAACACCAUGUUCGGGAGUUCUCACGUCAUGUAAAAAUGAUACUUAUAAUUCUCGAAAGAGAAGGCAAGGCCUCCUUUGGUCGUUAGAAUUUACUACUUUUAUAGAAGUGUUUUCAUACUUCAACUGAUGCUAUAGUUGCUUAAAAUCUGAGCUGUUCAUCAAUAUGAAGGAAUCAUUUGUUAUCGACUGGAUCAUUGAAAGAGAAAUAUUGCUAUGCGUAGAAUCAAAAAAAUUACUGGACUUAAUUCUAGUUUAAGAUUUUUGAACUGAAACAAUAAUGUAUUUAUGAACCUUUCAAUCUACUCACUGACACUUAUUAGCGUUAAAAUGAGUUGAUAGAAUUUUAAAUGUUUUUGUGUGUGUCAUCACUUAAUUAAAAGUAAUGGCUCCUGCAAAGUCUUUUCAUGAUUUUGUGAAAGAAAAAGAAUUACUUGAAUAGUGUAUAUAGGAUUGUAUGUAAUUGUGCCGAAGAAGUUUGUAAUUUUUUGUGCAAUGACGUUUUUAUUUAGUCCUUUGACAAGUCUCAAUAUUUGGUUGCUUUUUUAUUUUUUUACCGUUUUUAUUUUUGAAAACUGCUCUGAAAGUGGAAAAUUUGGCAGUACAGUUAAAUCGAGUGCACUGGAGCGUGGGGUUGUCCUUUAAUGGAUUUUGUAUUGAAGUAUAUUUUGAUAUAAUGGAAGUUCCUUUUCCAUCCUUUACAAAAUUAACAGUUCGAUCUUUGAAAAUUCUAUGUAAAUUCUAUGAAAUACUUGCCCUUGCAUAAUACACAAAUAAACGUAAUUAUUCAGGAAGAACCGACAGUUUCACCAAAUUAAAUAUCAUUGAGAAUACAUAUGUUUUUACAUUGAAUGUGUAAAAUCAAGGAGCAAAAUAUAUUAUCAUCAAAUUCCAUGGAAAUACAACUUCCGGAAAGGAUCUUCCUCCCUUAUUUUGCACUUAGUGAUGACAGGGGUAAGAACAGAAUUUAAGGAAUUUGUAUAUGUAUAUAAGCGUUAUCUCUCUCAGAAAAACUUCACCUCUUGUCUAUCUAUUUAUGACUUGAGCUUCAAUUCUGCCCAGUAUUCUUUAGAAUACCAUGUCAUAAACUUUGCAUGUACGGAGCAAGUUGGUGCUUUGUCUGAGGCGACUGAUUCAAUAGAGAUUCAGUUUGUUCUAUUGGUGCAUGUAAACAGGCAAGUUUCUCCAAAUAGAUUCUUUUUUGUUUCAUUUAAAUUUCUAAAUAAUGUAUAUUUUUCCAAUUAUCACGACACUAUCAUAAUAUGGGACAGAAGUAAUAGUAAGCUUCAAACGAUAUAAUUACUAUAGUGCAUAGAUUGCACCCUAGACUUUCAGCAAAAUGGUUCCAAACCUUUUGAUUUGUUGACACAAGAAUUCUUUACCCUUAUCCAAAGUACUAACCCAGAUCCCAUUUUUUGAACACUCUGCAAGCACUUUCCAAGUGCAAACUGUAUUUAUGUAAUUGAACAGUUUUUGAAUUUUUGAGUAUUAUUUAUUUGUUUUUUGUGUUGUAUAUUGUUAGAACAUUUACACCUGGAGGCUGAUUCUUCACAGCUGCUUCGACUGGACUCGACAAUUUCGAUAAUUUAACACAAUUCAGACAUUACUCUCAUAGGGCUUUGACCAAUCAAGUUUAAUCAAAAUGGUCAUCAAUAAUGUAUAGAAUCACACUGCAGUGCUUCGACCAGGUAUUGUUGAUAAAAAAUUGAUCUCAUCAUGAAAACAUUCAAUGAAAACGAAGUUGGUUUGCCGUUUUGAUGCUUUAUGAUGAAGAAUCAAUCAACAGCUGCCCAACUUAGCCAGGAAUUGUUUGAGAAAUUAUAAAGGAAGUUUCUCCUUGGUUAUUGAGUAAAUGGCUUACUAAGCAAUAUUUAAAGGAAAUAGGUUUGAAAAAUUGUCAUCAGUCAUUAAUAAUGUUUACAUUGUCUGCAUUUGUGGAAAGGACAAUGGGAACAUAAGCUGAAGUGCUUAUACACUGUAAGUCAGUAUUGUGUAUCCCCCCUUCAUAUCUCACCAUUGAGACAAAGGGAGGUUUUCUCAAUUUUAAACUAGGGCCCAUCUGGGGAGAUUUCUGAAUGUCAAGGUUUUUUUUUUGCAAACGCUGGCAGAAGUGGCGCACCCAGACCUGCGUCCAAUUCCGAGCCUUUUCAGUGUGUUGCUGGUACCAACUAAAAUUUAAUAAAAAUUCUUAACAUUUAUUUAACAUACUUUUCCAUUACCUUCAUUGAAAUAGGACUAUUUCAUGGGAAUUGUUCAAAUGAAAGGGAAAGGACGGUAUUUACUGACCCAUUGUAAUUUUUCGUGUCAUUACAUUCCAUGUAUAACAAAUUGAAUGCGAUACCAUUAUUAGGACAAUACAUGAAGCCUUGGAUCUUACGAGCUCUUAAAUUGUGUAACGGAAGUGUAAAAUGGAAUGUAAUGAAAAAAAAAAAAAAAAAUCUGGGAUGAACUGCAAAAAAAUUGGUCUCUUGCAAUAUGCUUUGCCGUAAGAAUUAUGACAUUAAGGUGAGAGUAAAAUGGUGAUGCAAGCGUUCACAAUAGCUCGCUGCACUGACAAUAUCAGGUCCUGUUUAGGUACAUGUAUUGAACCUACAUGUGCUGCCAUUUACUCAGUAUUAAAGUUUAUUCGCUACAUUUUCAGGGAUCUUCAGAGGUGGGCCCUAGUAUAGGUGGUGGAAAUAGAAUCUCCUAUUAGUCCUAGAUGAACUUUGAUCAUAGGUUUCACAUGACCCAAUUAUACACCUGUGAUUUUUGUAAGUCGCAACCUUUAGUCAACGUAUUACAAUCCAAAUGUUAAUUAA